AUGGAGUAUGGAGCCCUAGAAUCUUCAGAGAAAGAAGGGCAGCAAGGAGCCUCAUAUAGGUAUUGGGUUAGGAAAGUAACUAAUGAUGCAGCGCCUUUGCCGGUUCCUCUUAAGCUAACCCAAGAAGAUGUUCCCUCUUGUCAAUCUCAAUCUCAGCCUGCCACACUUGGUUCAGUUUGGAAUCGUGCCGGGACAUGGGAGGAAAAAAGUCUGAACAAUUGGGCAACUCCAAGACUCAAGGAGCUACUUAUCUCACUAGGCUCGAUACGGUUCUCCUUCGGCAGAGCAGAAGUAGAAGAUGUAACAAAAUGUGUCGGCGAUGUGAUUCUUAAUUCUUUUUCUGCAUAUGAAGAUCACCAUUCCUUUUAUGUUGAAGACCUCAUCAGAUCACCAUACACUGUUAGACCAAUCAGUAAUGACAUCUCUUUGGUGAUAUGCUUGUGCAUUGGUGAAGCCCUGUGUGUAUCCCUCUUCUGGCUGCCUGCGGCAGUGCUUCCAGCCAAAAUCCAUCCCGCUGCCAUUCCCAUUUCCCUCCAUUUGUCUCACAUUUGA